UACGUCGCAAAAUUUUAAAAUUAUUGUUGGAGAGGUCCUGCAGCGGUGAAAUUGUGUAGAGCUGUGGGAAUGAUGGUUUAGGUAAAUAUUCAUAGUCUUCACCCUUUCAAAGUUUUUUUUUUAACGUCGCGUUCCAUAUUUUCAAAUAUCGGUAUUAUAAAGGCCCCAGCUUUGAAGAGCCAGCAGACGACAUGGCCCAGCGUGUGCCCGUGAGCGAAGCCUGUGGGCCUGCGGCCUCCAAGCGGGUGUCCCGGGUUCGAGUGGCAGUGCGUCUGCGGCCCUACAUGGAGAAGCAGGACAAGAAAGCCGAGGGGCCAUGUGUCAGGGGCCUGGGGCCACAAAGCUUGGAGAUCGUUAACUGGAGGAAUGCCACAGAGACCCUGCAGUACCAGUUCGAUGCCUUCCAUGGAGAACAGGCGAGCCAGCAGGAGAUCUUCCUGUCCUCGGUGAAGCCCGUCCUCCCUCAUGUACUGAGCGGCCAGAACGCCAGCGUCUUCGCCUAUGGCCCCACGGGUGCAGGGAAGACGCACACCAUGCUGGGCAAUCCCGAGGAGCCCGGGCUUAUCCCACGGGCUGUGCGGGAGGUGUUCAGCUUGGCGACAGAGCGUGAGCGGGAGUCCGCAGAUUGGACAUAUAGCGUUGGGAUGUCCUACCUGGAGAUCUACAAUGAAAAGGUGCUGGACCUGCUGUCACCAGGCAGCACAGAUCUGCCAAUCAGAGAGGACAAGGACAGGAACAUCGUGGUCCAGGGCCUGACCCACAUGCCUAUCGACUCCUUCUCGCAUUUCCAUGCCCUGUUCGCCCCGGCCAGCCUGAACCGGACCACUGCCUCCACCAAGCUGAACCAGAGGUCCAGUCGCAGCCACGCCAUCCUGCUGAUCAAGGUGGUGAGGAGUCUGAAGAGCCCCCCCUAUAGGCAGCAGAUGGGAAAGUUGUACCUGGUGGACCUGGCAGGUUCGGAGGAUAACCGGCGGACGGGAAACCAGGGCCUGCGCUUGAAGGAGAGCGGCGCCAUCAAUCUGUCGCUCUUCACACUCAGCAAGGUGGUGGACGCGCUGAAUGUGGGCGGGGCUGGCCGCGUGCCCUACCGCGACAGCAAGCUCACACGCCUGCUGCAAGACUCGCUGGGGGGCUCCGCCCACUCGGUCAUGAUCGCUAACAUCGCGCCCGAAUACAAGUACUACUUCGAUACCUUCAGUGCCCUCAACUUCGCUGCCAAGUCCAAGCUCAUCGUGAACCGGCCCUUUGUCAGAGAGGCCGUGCCCAGCUGCGCCCCCACUGUGCCAGUAAAGAGGCCCCGUGACGAACAGGGGCCCCGGGCAGCCAGCGAACCCCACAGGAAGAGGUCCAAGGAGGGGGCCGGAGACGAGCACGAUGGGGACCCCGGACAGGGGCGCCCCUGCAGCCCCCCGGUGUCAUCGGUGCUAGAACGGCUGCUGGCCCUGGAGAAGCUGAUGAUGGGCUCACCGGAGCGGGAGAGGCUGAAGCUGCUGAAGACGGUGGCUGAGUCCCGCAAGGAGAUUCAGGAGCUGAGGAGGAAGCAGCAGGAGCUGGAGAGCCGGGCCCUGGUCAUUAACACCAGUGACAAGGCCGUCCCCCCCUUCCACAGGAAACAGUCCACCGCAGCCCGGCCCAAGAAGCAGCAGGCUGUAGUGCCCCCGCUGCAAGUGUUGCAGCCUGUCCCGCCCACGUCAGUCUGCAAGCCGCUGCUGUGCGCCAGCGUGAAGAGUCAGCAGGUCACAAAGGCUUUGAAGGGGAAGGAGAAUAAACAAGCAGGCUCAUGUGGCUCAGAAGGAGACUGGGCGUCACGGCUGGACCCCACAAUGCUGGAGCGAUCCCGGCAGCAGAUCCUCAGUGUACUCAACACUGGUACCCUGAGGGAGCUGAAAGGACUACAACUGAUCGGCGACAAAAAGGCUAAGCUUAUCCAGGGCUGGAGGGAGAUCCAUGGCAGUUUCGCACAGGUGGAGGACCUGCAGCGCAUUGAAGGUAUCACAGCCAAGAGAUUCAGCUCCUUCUUAAAGGCCAACGUCCUCUGCUCAGUUGGGAAAUAAAUGUGUCUGUGUGUUUUUUUAUUUUAGAUUUUUUUUUUAAAUCGCAUUUCUGAAGGAUAUGGCUUUGGGGGAGGGGGAGUCUCUUUUCAUUCUCUUAUGUCAAAUUAAAAUGCCCUUCGUGUUUUAUGGAAA